AAAAAAUCAUGCAUCUAAGAACAGGCCCAUGCCAAAUCCGCAGUCCGCACCCCUACCUUAGUUUUAAUCCUUGCGCCAAAUGUGGUGCUUCAUCCGUCCUCUGAAUCUGAGCAAGUGAAUCUGCGCAAGUGCUUCUCUUCCUCCAUGUUAUGCAAAGAUGUCAUUCAUGAAAGGCGAUCUGCUAAGGAGAACCCGAAAACUCGUCAAAGGAUUCGCUAAAGCCGAACCUGUGUGGUUCAAAGCUAUGGAAAAUGCACCACCAGCUACCUUUCCUCGAGCAGAGAAUAAAAUUAAGCCAAUUACCCUUCCUGAGGAUGCUUAUGUCAAGAAGUUCUUUCAGAAAAAUCCUUAUGCUAUAUCAGAAGACGCAAUUGACUUUCGUGGAUGCGACCCACCUCCAGCACGUUUGUUUGGAUGUCGAGUGGUUGAGUUGAAGGAACAAGGAGUUGAUGAAUGUGAUGCUAUAACUGUUGCUGAUGUGGAGUACCAAACAGAGAAAAGGGCAAAAAAGAAGGCAUAUGCUCGAUUGAAGAAAAUAGCACGCCUUCAAGGGAAGGAACCACAUCCCAACCCCUAUCCUAAAGCUUACAAGGAGAUACAAGAAGAAGAAAGGCCAUUUGUAUGUGACCGUUUCAACAACCCUACCAUCCUGAGAAUUGCAGAAAAACUUAAAGCAGAAAGGGAAGCCGAGUUCAGAGAGAGAGGAGGAGGUCGGUAAAGCAGGCUGUUAUUGUCACCAGCUCUUUUUUUAUUUCGUUCUUUUCGAAGUUGAUGGCUUUCCUCUUGGCCAACAGAACUAGGGAUAUCCUUAUAGUUGAAUUUCUCUGAAAAGGUGGUGGUUACCCUUGUGUAAGCUCACAUGGCUACAUCUUAAAAUUUUACUAUCACCUCUCAUUAAUCGCUUUUGAUUCUUCGUGAGUAAUGUCUAUUGACUUGCUGAUCUUGAAACCAUGGCAGCUGUAUCCCUUUGUGCCAUUUAUAAUGGCAAAAACAUCUGCAAAUUUGCUUAGUGAUUGUAUGUUAACGAGUGUUUUCACCAAACACCAUACUUUUUUUCCCGCAUGUGCAAAAUUUGUAUAACAUACGUGAUACGGAGUAUAUGUUUAUUGUUUUUAAUGUUUUUGAAGUUGCAGUUUU